AUGUCUCUUGAUGGCAUUUCACAUCCGUAUUACCCGCUAGAUGCGCAAAUCAAGGGGUAUGUGGCUAAUGAAGCCACGAUCUUUAAACUCCUUGGUGCCGCAAGCUUUGUCGCCAUGAGUUUACUGGGAACCACGUUUACGCUGGUCACGAUAGCAAGGCCCAGUUUGAAUAAUGCAGACCGGUUAGCAAUUUUGUGGUUUGUACUUUCCGGAGCCAUCCAUUGCGUCUUUGAAGGGUACUUCAUGCUCAAUCAUGAUCGCAUGGCAUCUGCCCAAGACCUCAUCGGUCAGUUGUGGAAAGAGUAUGCCUUGUCCGAUUCGCGAUAUCUCACCUCGGACACCUUGGUUCUGUGUAUGGAGACCAUGACCGUGCUCCUCUGGGGCCCGCUGUGCCUCUGGGUAGCGUAUAGCAUCUUUUCGCGCAGUUCACUGCGGCAUCCGCUGCAGCUGACGGCUUGUAUGGCGCAUCUCUACGGAGAUUCGUUGUACUAUGCGACUAGCCUCUUCGACCACUACGCCCAUGAUCGUCCGUAUUCUCGGCCAGAGCCCUACUAUUUCUGGGUGUACUAUUUCCUGAUGAACUUCAUAUGGAUCGUCAUUCCGCUUUAUUACUUUGUGCAGAGCGUGAGGGCGGUGUCGAACGCCUCCAAGAGACUGACGGAGCUGUCGAGGGAACGUAAAUCCCAAUGA